GGAAGGGGCGGGUCUUCCCCCCGCGCGCGGUGCUCACGUGGUCGCCAGGAGGGCGCCGGGGGGGGGGCAGAGGCGGAAGCGGGGCUGGUGGAUGGUCGCGAGCUGGCGAUUUUCUAUUUUGUACAUACAUUGUUUUGUAUAUACUGUAAAUGAUGACUUCGGUGGGAAGUGAACGUACCCGGGGCACUCGGGACAAAGCGCAAAUUUCAACCACACAGCCAACACAACCACAGAAACAAGUAGUACAGGCAACAGCAGAACAGAUUCGCCUCGCUCAGAUGAUCUACGAUAAGAACGAUGCAGAUUUUGAAGAUAAAGUGAAACAACUUAUGGAAGUCACGGGGAAAAACCAGGAUGAGUGUAUAGUGGCACUACAUGAUUGUAAUGGGGAUGUGAACAGAGCAAUCAACAUACUGCUGGAAGGAAGUUCAGACACGACCUCUUGGGAGACUGUAGGGGGAAAGAAGAAAAGCCUUGGAAAGGAAUCUUCAGAAAACAAAGAGAACAGAGAGAAACGAGGGGACAGAGAAGUGAGUCGCGGACGGGGAAGUUCCAACAGACGGGGAAGAGGAGGCAGCCGUGGCCGAGAGUUUAGAGCUGAAGAGAAUGGAGUGGACAACAAUCAAGCAGACAGGCCUUCAGACCGUGGGAAGCGUGGCCGUGGGAGAGGGUUUGGACGUGGCAGAGGGAGAGGAGCGGGGAGGUUUUCAGCCCAAGGCAUGGGGACAUUUAAUCCUGCAGACUAUACGGAAUCUUCUGCCACUGAUGGCUUUGGGACAAAAUCAGAGAUUUGGGAGACUGUUCAGAAUGAUGCAGAUGAUGGAACUGGAGCAUGGAAAAACUCAAUAGAAGAAUGGACAGCAGAAGACUGGAAUGAAGAUCUUUCUGAAACGAAAGUCUUCACCGCUUCCUCUGUCCCAGCUGAGAAUCACGUGAUUCCUGGGCAAAGCAUUGAUUUGGUGACACUGCUUCAAAAGCCAGUGACAUCUACCCAAGAGACAGAAGGCAACUCAUUUGAAGCUGCUCAGUCUCAGACCUUUGGCCAAGCCUUAGUAUUCACAAAUUCUCAGCACAGCACACAGAUGGCAUCAGGAACUGGCAGCUCCAGUGCUGUAAACUCUUAUUCUCCUCAAAGUCUGUCUGCAGUUCUUUGUUCUGGCUUUGGAGAACUCAGAUCCUCUAAACUGGCAAACUCUACUGGUUCCCAAAUCUUGGACCAGUUGAAAUCUCCAGGAUUGGGUCAGUUUACCUCUCAACAAAACAACAGUAAUUCUGCCACCACUAGCACAGCUGCAGCAUCAUCCUGGGAUCUAAAACCACCUAUUACUCAGUCCUCAGUCCUCAGUCAGUUAGACUUUAAAUCCCAGCCUGAACCAUCCCCAGUUCUGAGCCAGCUGACACAGCGACAGCAACAACAAAUACAGGUGGUUCCUGUUCCUCCUCCUGGGCUGGAGUCCUCCUCCUCCCAGGUAAAACUCCGAGAGCCAUCACCAGUAGACACCUCUACAGCUGUUAGCAAAAUAUUGCAACUUCCCACUAUAUCUAUGGAUAACCAGGCAGUGGCUGCCCAUCAAACCCAGCAGAAACAGAUAAAACCACCAAAACGGAGGAUAACUCCAGCAUCCAAGAUUCCUGCCUCUGCAGUGGAGAUGCCUGGAUCAGCAGAUGUGACAGGGUUAAAUGUUCAGUUUGGAGCUCUUGAGUUUGGAUCAGAGCCUACACUCCCAGAGUUUGGAUCAACUUCAAGCAGUGAGAAUACCAGCCAGGCGACCAACAAUAGCUUAUACUCAAAAUCUAUGAAGUAUGUUGAUCCUUUGAAUACCUCUUUGCCAAUAUCCAAUACAGUACAGGAGUCCACCUACACAACCUCUGCCAUCAGCUCUUCCAGUCUGACCUGCUCAUCCCAGAGCACUAGCCCAGUAACAACUUCCUCCUAUGACCAGACUUCUGUGCAUGGUAGGAUAGCGUACCAAAGCUCCAUGGCUCCGUCAGAACCAACUCCUGUGGCAGUUACGAACGGGCACAGCGGUGUUAGAACACAGGCAACUCUUGACACUACUUCAUCAGUUCCAGCACCUAAGACAGAGCCUUCUCCCUCACUACCCUCAGCUGGUUCUCUGCCCAGUGUGGUGUCCACCACAGCCUCGCUCCUGCCUUCAGCACCGCAGCACGUGGCAGCGUUGCCCAGCUUGCCUCAGUCCAGUGAUCUGGCCAGCAGCUCACUCUCCCAAUUAAGCAGCUCCCUUUCCAAUCAUCAGAGCAGCCUGUCCCCUGCCUCAGUGUUGUCUUCAAGCACAUCACAUGUGCACACUAGUAUUGAGAACACAACUUCGCUCCAGCCCUCAACAACCUUUUCAACUGCUUCAACCUCAGCCACUAGCACCACCUCCUCGGUUGUCAGCAUGGCAAGCAGUAUGAACACUACAAACAGCCUUGGCCUGAGCGUUUCCAGUGUGUCUAUACCAGCUGCCACCACACGGGCAGCUCCCUUAGUGUCUUCAGGCAAAGCUCCCCCAAACCUGCCCCAAGGUGUACCACCCUUGUUGCAUAACCAGUAUAUUGUGGGACCUGGAGGACUUCUGCCUGCCUACCCAAUUUAUGGUUAUGAUGAUCUCCAGAUGCUUCAAUCCAGGCUGCCAAUGGAUUACUACGGAAUUACAUUCCCUGCUCCUGCAACCUUGACAGGCAGAGAUGGGAGCCUUGCUAACAACCCGUACUCAGGUGAUGUAACGAAAUUUGGACGUGGGGAUUCCGCCUCUCCUGCUCCGGCCACCACGCUGGCCCAGCCACAGCAGAACCAGACACAGACUCACCACACCACUCAGCAGCCCUUCCUCAACCCCACCCUGCCCCCGGGGUACAGCUACACUGGGCUCCCUUACUAUGCUGGUGUGCCCGGUGUUCCCAGUGCAUUCCAAUAUGGGCCAACCAUGUUUGUCCCUCCAGCGUCUGCCAAGCAGCACGGAGUCAACCUGAACACAGCGUCGACUCCUUUCCAGCAGGCGAGUGGCUACGGACAGCAUGGCUACAGCACAGGAGGCUACGAUGACUUAACGCAGGGAACGGCAGCUGGAGAUUACAGCAAAGGAGGCUACAGUGGGUCAUCUCAAGCACAAAACAAAUCUGCUGGCACUGGACCUGGGAAAGGUGUUUCUGUGACCUCAAGUAACACGGGUGUGCCUGAUAUCAGCGGCUCAGUCUAUAACAAGACUCAGACGUUUGACAAGCAGGGAUUCCAUGCUGGCACUCCGCCUCCCUUCAGCCUGCCCUCUGCUCUCGGAUCCACUGGGCCCCUGAACCCUGGUGCUGCCCCAGGUUAUGCUCCAGCCCCGUUUCUUCAUAUCCUCCCUGCACAUCAGCAGCCUCAUUCCCAGAUGCUGCAUCACCACCUUCAGCAGGAUGGGCAGGGUGGAUCUGGCCAACGCAACCAACCCAGCACCAUGCAGCAAAAGUCUCAGGCUACCAAAACCGCCUAUGGCACUUCUCCAUACUGGACAAACUAAAUCCAAAAUGGGG